AUGCCUAAAGCAUAUUUCGACCGUGACCCUAUAACCCUACAAGAGGGAAGCCACGUCGGCGCUGAGGUCGGUGGUAAAAUGAUUGAGCCCGAUGGAAUGGAAUUCGUUACUGGAGAAGUUGAACGGGUCAUUAUUCAUAGAUCUUCGGAUUCCACUCUUGAGCUCAAGUGUACGCGGGAUGUUCAUUUUAUGCCUGGGGAACAAGUUAUAUUACAGCAGCUGGGCAUGAAGAGUGGAAAGGAAGUCGAGUUUAAGGAGUAA